AUGGCAAGACUCUGGACGGACGUUGUCCGUGAGAAGAGGGCAAUCCGCAAUCAAAAACUUGCAAAGACCUACGGCGAAGAUGCACCUUCUGAUCCGCGCAUCUUUGCUGCGAGAGAUAUCCAGGGCUUGCUCAAUCUACUACAAGAUCGAGAGGUCACAACUGAGGCCAUCGUGCUUGCCCACAUUGCAAAGGCUGGAUCGACACUCGGCUACGUUGGCCGCGCGUUCCAUCCCGCCGAGUCGGACUCUGUCCUGGUGGCGGUGCUCAGAAAGCUCGGCGCCGUCAUCAUCGCAAAGACAAACCUGCCUCAGAGCAUUCUGGUGGCUCCUCGGGAGGCGAGGGUGCUCUCCUGGCUCUCGGAGGCUCGGCGCUCGGCGCUCGGCUGGGGAACUGAUAUUGGCGGCUCCAUCCGCAUUCCAUCCCACAUGAACGGCUUGUGGGGUUUGAAACCAAGUAGUGGCAGGUUCUCCUAUGAAGGCGUCGAGGUUUCCCAAGAUGGACAACAUCAGAUACCUUCUGCCGUUGGUCCUAUGGCAAGAACACUCAACACUCUUACACUGGCCUCUAAAGCUGUGAUCGAGGCGGCGUGCUGGACCCUGGAUCCUCAGAUGCCGCCCAUGCCAUGGAGAGAUGACGUCUUUCAACAAUAUUCACAAAAGUCGCUGGUCGUUGGCAUCAUGGUAGAUGACGGGAUGGUGAAGGUCCAUCCACCCGUCGAGAGGGUGUUUGAUGAGGUUUGUCAGAAGCUGGAGGCAGCGGGGCACGAACUCAUCCCUUGGGAUACGUCUCUGAACGCCGAUUGCAUCAAGCUCAUGGAUGCGCAUUACGUUGUGGAUGGAGGCGAAGAUAUUCGACGCGACGUUGGCGCAGGUGGCGAACCAUUCCUGCCCCAUGUCCAAGGCUUGGUGGAACGUGGCCCGGCAAUAUCCGUCUAUGAAUACUGGCAGCUGAACAAGAGGAAGAAGGCUGCUCAGGCUGCCUACAAUCAGAUGUGGAACGCCAUGAAGUCAUCGUCGGGUCGGCCCGUGGAUGUUCUAAUCGUGCCUACCAUGCCACGCACCGCAGUCCCCCAUCGGGCAUUGCGCUGGCCGGGCUACACGAAACUCUUCAACUUCCUCGACUACACUGCCCUGUCAUUUCCCGCUGGUAAAGCGUCCAAAGUACUUGAUCCUUCGUUGCCCACAGGAUACGAGCCUCGCAAUGCCACCGAUGCUUGGAACUGGGGCUUGUACGAUAUCGAAGCAAUCGAUGGGCAUAGCGUUGGUCUGCAUAUUGUGGGUCGACGUUUGCAAGAGGAAAUGGUUCUGGGGAUUGCUCAUCAGAUCCAGAAGAUACUGUAG